GAAAGACGAGAUAUACAUUUAAGAUACCAUGUCAUCACCCUUUUGGGUGGAACAAAGACGAGAAGUAGAGUGAGAAGUAGAGAACCCUGUGAACCCUGUGAGGAGCAUGGUUCUUCCACGGGGGGGAGCAUUUUCCCAUCCACUUCCAUGACUCGUCUCUUUCAGGGAGGAGCUGUUUUGCAGCCACUCGCCCGUCGUCUCGCUUCUUGGCCGUGGAGCGACGAUGGAUGGGGGGCAAUCCGUUGGAUGCAGAUUGCUGCUGUGAAGUGAUGCUGCAGUGAUGCUGCAGCUAUGGCAGGUGAGGCUCUUUUUAUUCAGUGAAGCCUUUAAUUCUCUUCAGGUGGUGAGUCUGGAAGUGUCUCAUGUGCAGCUGAAGCCAGUGUCUGUGGGAGUGUCCGGGGUGGUCAUGCAAGGUGCCGAGGUCUCAGCGACGGCGAAGCCCUUCUUCGUGCUUCCGCAACGUCUCAGUGAAGAUCUCCUGGUGAGUGCGUUGGAAGAGGCGCAACGACUUCAGAUGGACGACCACGAGGAUGAGGCCGAUUGGCUGCCGGCCUAUGAGACGUACGUCAUGGAGAAGGCGACCAUGGAUACAUUGGACCAAGGGCUUCGAUCCGCAGUGAUCGCGCUGGAACAGGCGGCCUUGCCCUUAGUCCAAAAGGCCUACGACUGUCCAACCUGUGUCUCGUGCACGGGCUUCGUCCGCAGGUAUUUGCCGCAAGAACGCAUGCGUGUUCCCCCCCACUUCGACAUCACCGCCUAUGCGACCAUCAUUUUGCCACUGAGCCCCCCUCAGAACUACACCGGCGGCUUUUUCGUGCAACCCACCGCGCAUGUGGAUUCGCGGCGCUUUGUGCCUUUGGGCCUGGGAGAUCUUGUGGUCCAUGAUUUCACGCUCAAUCACGGCAUCGAGGUCCUCCAUGGCGGUCGCUACAGUUUGAUCCUCUGGAUCUCCGAGACGUUGGAGGCCUGUCACGGCAGUCACACCCCGUGGCAUGCGCAGCGCGCGCGCGACGGCGACGCGGUGGCGCAGCAUUUGUUGGGCAUGAUGUUCAGCCACGGCAACGGCGCGCCUCAGGACGACCUGCGGGCGUUGGAGUGGACCUUAUUGGCUGCGACGAACGGCUUGGCCAACGCUCAAUUCAGCGCUGGCACCAUGUAUUUCGAAGGGAAAGGGGCUCCCGUGGACUACAAUCGGUCCUUCUACUGGUACGAAAAGGCCGCGGAGCAAGGUGAUGCUUCCGCGCAGAUCAUUGUGGCACGGAUGUAUUGGGAAGGCUUGGGAAGUCCAGCAGAUUCAGAGCUUGCUGCGUACUGGUACCGCUUGGGAUCGUUACAGGCUGCCAAAGGGGUUGCACUCUCUGGACCCCAGUGGCUCCUUUAUUCCUAGAAGAUCGAC